GCAAAAAUCACACGCAAGCAUCUGACAUAUAUAGCUUCGGUGUUAUUAUGGUGGAAAUAACUACUGGAACACCACCAUUUGACGGUCAUUUAUUUAAUGAGGAUUUAGCAUUAAAAAUCUGUAGAGGAUCAAGACCAAAAUGUGCCGAAGGGACUCCUGAUUUUUAUGUCAAAUUUUCGGAACUAUGUAUGAAUUUUGAUCCACAAAAACGGCCUACUGCUAAAGAAAUUUUUCAAAAGUUAGAAGAAUGGUAUCAGUUGAUUAAUGAAUUUGAUAAAACUGAUGAUACUCAAGAGCUUGACACAUUUGAAUCCGAUGAAAUUGAUGAAUCAAAAUUAGAAAAGUUUAAUAAAUUCUUUGAAUCUGAUGAAAAAGUUAAACAGUUGCCGAUGGCUGAGCAAAUACACCCACAUUCUGAGUAUACAAGAAAAUUUAUUAAUAUUGAUGUUGUUUCCGAACGGUAUCGAGAAG